GAAAGAAGAACGGGUCUAGGAAUCAAUGCCCCUUUCAAUGUGUUGGAGACAUCGACCCCCAGCCCCAGAGCCCCAGCAGGACUCAUAACCCAUCGCCUUCUUAUGGCCCCUUUCUCUCCGCUGCCCACUCAAAGCUCAGUACAUACAAAAACCAAGCGCUGGGCCUCUUAAGAAAGCUAAAUUAGCCCAGUUUGCAUCUGAAGGGUUUAUUUUUGAGACAGAUCGACUGCAUAGGCAGUUGAUGUCUCUCCGGCUCCCUGCCUUCUGCUUGUAAGUUUGCAGAAAUCCCACAGACAUGUUGACCAGAAGGUAAAAAAAAUCGCAAAUCCGGCUCUAUUUUGUUUUUAUUUUUAAUAAUAACACCGGAGAAACAGAUCCGUAUGUGGGACUCGAACUGGAUUCUUGAGGGGGUCUCCGGUGUCUUGUACUUGGGGGAGAGAGAGGGAGAGAGAACCUUGCCUGAAAGGAGAGCGUUCAAUGACUGAUUUUGCAAGAGUUUUUUCCCUCUCGCCCCCAGUGUCUCUCUCCCUCUCUCUCUCCCUCUUUCCCUGGAUGAAUCCGAACAGUGAUGCAGCCAGGGACUUACAGUCCAAAUUAAUCCAGCACAACAUGGCAGAUCGACACCGUGUUUAGCAAGGAGAGGAGCAACUGGCUUUGUAUUCUGCCAUGCAUAGCACACAGUACUGCACCGAUGGCCCCGAUGUACCAAGGUAUGGCCUCACAAGUGCAAGUGUUUUCCCCUCACACAAUCCAGACAAGUGCCUUCUGCAGUGUGAAAAAACUGAAAGUGGAGCCAGGUUCUAACUGGGAUAUGACCGGGUAUGGUUCACACAGUAAAGUCUAUAACCAGAGCAAGAGUCCGAACAUCGCACAGUCAACAAUCAGCGCUUCUCUUCAAGUUACCAAUCCAACUCUGUCCUACGAGCAGACAGUGAUUUUCCCGGCCAGUGCUGGCCACAUUGUCUUCACGACAGCAAAUAGCACAUCGGGGGUGGUGGCCGUGUCUGCUCAGGCCUUGGGAGGCCCGCAGAACCUGACGCGCCGCAGCACCGUGACCCUCCUCGAUACCUACCAGAGAUGCGGCCUGAAGCGGAAGAGUGAGGAACUCGAGGACACCGGCAGCGUGCAGAUCAUUGAGGAGCAUCCGCCAAUGCUUCAGAACGCCACCAGCGGCGCCACUGUUGCCACGGCAGCCACUUCCACCGCCACUUCUAAGAACAGUGGGUCGAACAGCGAGGGUGACUACCAGCUCCUACAGCACGAGGUGCUGUGCUCAAUGACCAACACUUACGAGGUGUUGGAGUUUCUUGGCCGGGGGACGUUUGGCCAAGUAGUGAAGUGCUGGAAAAGGGGGACCAAUGAGAUUGUGGCCAUCAAGAUUCUGAAGAACCACCCUUCCUACGCACGGCAGGGCCAGAUUGAGGUGAGCAUCCUCGCUCGACUAAGCACAGAGAGUGCGGAUGACUACAAUUUUGUCCGGGCCUAUGAGUGCUUUCAGCACAAGAACCACACUUGCCUUGUCUUUGAAAUGCUGGAGCAGAACUUGUACGACUUCCUGAAGCAGAACAAGUUCAGUCCGUUGCCCCUCAAGUACAUCAGGCCCAUCCUGCAGCAGGUAGCCACAGCCUUGAUGAAACUCAAGAACCUCGGCCUAAUUCACGCUGACCUGAAACCAGAAAACAUCAUGCUGGUGGAUCCGGUCAGGCAGCCGUACAGAGUGAAGGUGAUAGAUUUCGGCUCAGCGAGUCAUGUCUCGAAGGCUGUGUGUUCCACUUACUUACAGUCCAGGUAUUACAGUAUGUUGCAGGCAUGUGUUGAAGAUUGGGAGGUAUUCUCAGGGAUGAACUUUUUCUUGGCUUCAUUAUUGGCUAACAACCCUCUUCCUGCAUUUGUGGAAUUUGCCAGGGCAAGUGGAUCAAGUGGAUUGCUGGAACAUGCUAGAGCACCAGAGAUCAUCCUGGGACUGCUGUUUUGUGAAGCCAUUGACAUGUGGUCACUUGGGUGUGUUAUUGCCGAGCUAUUCUUGGGGUGGCCAUUGUAUCCAGGAGCUUCGGAGUACGAUCAGAUCCGUUACAUUUCACAAACACAAGGGUUGCCAGCGGAGUAUUUGUUAAGUGCAGGGACAAAGACAACACGGUUCUUCAACAGAGAUCCAGAUUCAUCGUAUCCACUAUGGAGACUUAAGACACCAGAAGAUCACGAGACUGAGAUGGGGAUCAAGUCGAAGGAGGCAAGGAAAUACAUUUUUAACUGUUUGGAUGAUAUGGCACAGGUGAAUAUGACGACAGACUUGGAAGGAAGUGAGAUGCUGGCAGAGAAGGCAGACAGGCGGGAGUUUAUUGAUCUGCUGAAGAAGAUGUUGACCAUUGACGCAGACAAGAGAAUUACACCGAUCGAGACACUGAGCCAUCCCUUUGUAAUGAUGACUCACCUAUUAGAUUUUCCUCAUAGCACACAUGUCAAGUCCUGCUUUCAGAACAUGGAGAUUUGCAAGCGAAGAGUCAAUAUGUAUGACACAGUGAAUCAGAGUAAGACGCCUUUCAUCACACAUGUGGCUCCAAGCACAUCGAGCAAUCUAACAAUGACCUUCAGCAACCAGCUCAGCACAGUGCACAACCAGGCCAACAGCCUGGCUCCCACAUCCACAAGUGCCACCCUUUCCCUUGCCAACCCUGAUGUCUCCUUACUUAACUACCAAUCUGCACUUUACCAGCCUUCAGCAGCAUCCAUGGCAGCUGUUGCCCAAAGGAGCAUGCCACUGCAGACGGGAGCUUCGCAGCUGUGUGCUCGUCCUGACCCCUUCCAACAAGCCUUGAUUGUGUGUCCGCCUGGAUUUCAAGGAUUGCAGGCUUCUCCAACCAAGCAUGCUGGGUACUCUGUCCGAAUGGAGAAUGCUCUUCCAAUUGUUACGCAGGCUCCAGGAGCUCAGCCUCUUCAGAUCCAGCCUGGCCUACUGACACAGCAGGCUUGGCCUGGUGGUACCCAGCAGAUCCUUUUGCCUCCAGCCUGGCAGCAGCUAACAGGAGUGGCAGCCCACACUUCAAUGCAACAUGCUACUGUUCUUCCAGAGACAAUGGCAGGGGCUCAGCAACUGGCAGACUGGAGGAACACCCAUCCGCACACCAGCCAUUACAAUACCAUCAUGCAGCAGCCGGCCCUCCUGGCGAGUCAUGUGACUUUGCCAUCUGCUCAGCCUUUGAACAUUGGCGUCGCUCAUGUAAUGAGACAGCAGCCCACUUCAAGCUCCACCUCAAAGAAGAACAAGCAACAGCAGUCCUCCGUUAGGAAUAUGUCAACCUACGAAGUCUCCUCCACCCGAAGCUUCAACUCCCACUCCCCUCAGCGUUCGAAACGUGUGAAGGAGAACACCCCACCAAGGUGUGCCGUGGUGCAGGACAGUCCAGCCUGCAGCACCUUAACGUGUGGCUGGGGGGAGGCCAUCAGCACAACCCAUGAACAUCAGAAGCAGACCAUAGUCAUUCCUGACACGCCUAGCCCAGCAGUCAGUGUCAUCACCAUCAGCAGUGACACUGACGAAGAGGAGGAACACAAACGAGUCCCCAACAGCAGACUGUCAAAGCAGAGGAAAAAUGUCAUUAGCUGUGUCACAGUGCACGACUCGCCAGACUCUGACUCUUCGAGCAACAACAGCCCAUAUGCCAUGCAACAGCAGCACACCAUCAGCGGCAAUGCAAGCAACCAGGCCAAAGGACGGUCAGAUAGCCACUACUGUGGGAACCCACGCACCAUUAUUGUCCCGCCUCUCAAGACGCAGUCUAGUGAUACUGUGGCAGGGUGUGACCGCCUUGUGCCAGGCACACAGGGGCAUCAUUCAUUGAGCCACAAGCCCAAAAACUCCAGCACAACAACAUCCAGUGCAACCCACUCUUCAGCAAGUUACUCAGCAAUAUCAUCUUACCGGCAACAGAGGUCAACAGCCCAUUCCUUUCAACAGCAACCCCUCAAUCUCAGCCAGGCUCAGCCACACGUGACAGGGAUCCAGGAGCGGAGUGGCAACCAUGGACAUCGGAGGCAGCAAGCUUACAUUACACCGACCAUUGCUCAGGCACCCUACUCGUUCCCACAUCGUAGUCCUUCGCACACUACUGUGCAUCCGCAUCUGGCAGCGGCCCAUCUAUCUGGGCAGCCUCACCUGUACACCUAUGCCACACCUGCUGCCCUUGCACCUACGGGCACAGUGGCUCACCUUGUGGCAUCGCAGGGCUCUACCAGGCACACUUAUGCCACUCAUCCUGGAGGGAUAGUCCACCAGAUGCCUGUUGGUAUGGGACCAAGGGUACUGCCAUCUCCGACCAUCCACCCAAGUCAGUAUCAAGCCCAAUUCGCCCACCAGACAUAUAUCAACGCUUCACCGGCAUCAGCUGUCUACACCGGAUAUCCAUUGAGCCCAACCAAGGUCAAUCAAUACCCUUACCUUUAAGACUCAAGAACAACAAAGAUAUUGUAUUGAAUUGAAACAAGCAACAAUGCAUCUCGUACUUGAGAAGGUAGUUGAGAAAUGAACUGGAAGGAAAGUGCUCAGUCAUGGGAUGAAAACUACAAAUUUUUUUUUUUUAAAAUCAGACAUUAAUUAAAAAAAAACCAAAUUUUGAAAGCCUGACAAUUGACCUCUGGCCAGUGAUGAAGAUGUAUGAAGGGGAGUCGAGCAACACAUGUUCGGUGGAUAUUUAAUCUCUGAAAUAUUUUAAAGACCUGUGAACUUGGGACCCUGGAAGCUACCCUGAGAGUUUGGUUGAAGUUUUUAAUUGAAGUUCAGUAAAUGAACUACGGUUAAUUUCUCAAUUUCAUUUUAUUUUAUAUUUUGUUUGGGUAAACAAAUAGCUGCUUAUCUUUUCCUGAAUCAAACCCUCCUUGUGAAGGUAGAGGCUGCCAGGGCCCCUUUUAGAAUGUAGGGAGAUGAGGAAAGCUUCAUUAAAUGAUGUGAUACCAAUAGAUAUUAAUCGUGAUUGCACAACCCUGAUUCAACUUAGCUCUGUUCUUAAGGCAUGUUAGUUGUGACAGUUCUGAGUUCCACAGUUUGUGUGUGUGCGUGUGUGUGUGCGCGUGUGUGGUGGGGGCGGGGGGGGGGUGGUAUUUUUGCUGUCUUUUUUUUAGCAGAAAGCUUCCUGUCAUGUUCCAAACAUAUUCCCUUCUAGUGCCUUACAGAAAAGGACAAGAAUUCCUCCAGACUUCCAAUAGAUCUAAUGGAGCUGGUGUUAAUGCUAAGGCAAUCCUCCCAGUCACAACUCUUGGGCAUGAUGGCUCUGCAUGGUGAAAGGACUGGGACUAACAGAGUGUAGGGUUGCGUUUGGAGAAACACAGUCUGAGUUUGCAUGUCCUUUCUUCUCUUUACAACUCCUCAGGUGUUGGCAGCUCAUCAUUCCCUCUCCAGGUAGCCUGUCAAUGUAGACAGAACAUAAUGUUGCAAGCAACAAAGUGCCAUUUGACCCUCAAGCUCUCAAAUCUACCAGUAGUCUAUACAUUGUUCUUGUAACAUAGAUGUAUCCCCUCCACUCUCCACCCAUUGACCCACCAAUAUAAAGGGACACCUAUGUCCUGUUAACAAUAUCAAGUCUUGUUGUUAAACUCUGUGUCCUGUUGCUCUUAAAGGUGCCAACUGUCAUUGAAUUAAUGAAUUUCUGUUAACAAUUGGUCUUGACAUUGAUUCAGUCAUGGAAGGUAUGACCAUAUUGUUACAAAUGGCAUGUACUGGCAAGUGGGGAGAAGAAUGAGAGCUGCCAUAUUGCACAAUGUUCCUAGGUAAUUCAAAUGUGUACCGUGUGGUACUUUAGGUACACAGAGUUGAUGUUUUCUGGUGUCACCUUUGGAACACAUCUAUUACAGCCCACCAAAACAUUCUGCUUCUGUCAUUUCUUUAAAAAAAAAUUUCCUCCAUGACUGCAACAUUUUAAGUGGUGACCUUUUCCAAUUAAAUAAAGAGAAAACAUCCAGUUAUUUCCUUUAAGCAACUCAAUAUUGAACCUUCUCCUGCAAGGACACAUUUCUUCUGUCAAUUUUCUCCCCUAUCUUCAUAGUUUCUUGGAAUUUGCUUAAUCUUACUGAACAGUGAAGCAGGCUUGUGAAGUUGAGUAGCCUCCUCCUGUUCUUAUGUUUCUCCCUUUUAUUGAUGUGGAUGCUUUCUGGUACCCUGCAGGAGCCUUGAGAGAGAUCCAGAAGGCAUCACAGCUGAAACAAUCCUGCGCGUGUGUACUUUACACCCCUCAGGAUAUGAUGGUCAAUGAUUUUUUAAGAGACCUGGCCAGAAGCAGGUUUCAACUGUCCCCGCAUUUCUGUGACACCGGAUCACUGAAGCCAACUCUGGCCUCUCCUUCAUGUCACCACAGCUGAGCACAUUACAAUCCAUGGCCAAGGCUGUGGCUAUCUGAGGCAAAUGUGCCCAAGUAACUCAUUGACCAGAUCAGAGACAUGAGGGAAGUGGAACAAAGAGUUUAGGAAUGGAUCUAUAGUACCAGUGGUUCUGACUGGCCGGACACCUGGCAAUUUUGUUCUAUAAGUUUGACCGAGACCUGCUAGUAAAACAUCCAAGACCAGGGGUACAGCUUGAGAAUCUAAACUGGUACAAUUACAAGUUAGGUUUCUUCUUAUUAGAAUGAAUAUUUUAAAAACAGAGAGCAACAAUUAAGAGCAGAAUGUCUUUGCUCACCACACAAAUUUGGGGUGACUGGCAUUUUGUAAAAGAACAUGUCAGUUUUUUUUUCCUUUUCAGUGUGGUACUUGAACAACUGUCUUCAUUAGCUGCUGUUUUAAACUUUUUGAAUUAAUUGUUCAUUGUUUUUCUCUUGGUUAUUUGUUUUCUUUCUGAAAAUAAGCAGUCCUUUUUUUAAGAGGAAAAAUUUAAUUUCUGUCUUUUCGCUUCCAAUUGUGCUGUGUAUGUGUUUUCUUUAGAGCAGAGUCGUCCAAUAGAAUUCACUGGCUAGAGCUACACAGUUUUAGUCACAGUUAUUUUAAUUACACAUGCUCUUGCAAUACAAGUAAAUAUAUUUUACAGGUGUAUCUUUACUGAAAAAAAUCUAGCACUAUUCAGUAAAUAACAAAGUAAAAUAAAUAUUACACUGCUUUUUGUCACCAUUUUUCAACAAACACAAAACAUACACACAAGUCAUGUGAAUAAUACUAACAUCACAUGCCCAAUGUGAAUCAUUUUUGAUUACUAAUCCAAAAUACAUCUAUAUUCCCUAUAAGCCACAUCUGAAGGUAUAAUUAGCCAAACAUAGCUAGUGACUAAUGAAGUGGGCCACAUUGCAUUAAGAAAGAAAAAAAAAAUGAUUGAAUUUUUACAAAGAUUACCUUCCUCUAUAAGUUGAGUAAUUACAUAGUUUUUAGGGUUGUUAAAGGCUGACAUUAGUUGAGUUGAUUUCUAAGUCAGGUUAAGUGCUCAGUACAUUCUUGUGGUCUGAUCAAUUAUACCCAUGUUCACUGUACAUUCUAAAGGCCAGGCUUUGCAGUAACCAAGUGCAAUCCCAUCAAGGAGGAGAGCUGGCUAUGAGUGAGUGUAAGGAUGUGGAUAAAGAAUAAGUCACUCAUAUAUACAAAAACAAAAUGACAUUUGACACCAAAGAAAUUACAUUUUAUGGCAUUAUUUGUGCUUUGCUGCCUAUGAUUGUCAGGCUCUUUCAUGAAGAUUAUCUGUUAGGAGGAGACAGCUGGAACUUAUUCCUCUUCAUUUGUAAUUAACACUUAAUACUUGACAUUUUUUUCAUUAGGUGGGAAUUUCUCAAAGGUUUAAUGGUUACUGGCAUUGCUGCUAUUUUCAUGUAUUUAAACAUUCAAGUGAGUCUGUAUCUGUUCUAUAUGUAUAUACAUAUGUUUAUAUAUAAAAAGGAAGAAAAAAAUUCCUAAUCAUUAAAUCUGGGAAGGGGCAUAAAAGCUACUGAUUAUCAGUUAGAGUCUGCACAGUUUCAAUUGUUAAUUCACACAUAAAUCAACUUUUAUUCUAUUUCAUACAAUUAUACUUGCAUCCCAAACACUGUUGAAAGAUACAAGUAUUUUUCCACUCAGAACCAAUAAGAAGCCCCUCUUCUUCCCCCCACCUUGUCCCCAUCAACUUGAAACCACUGGGGUGCCUGAAGGGCUGAAGUAAGGAGUUAUCGAUGACUUUUCGAAAAUGAAUGAAUAAUAAUGGAGCAGUCAUUUCAACAGUAACCUGUGUGUGGCUGGAAUUUCUUGAUAGCAUGAAAUCUCUCUGGUAUCUGACCUUGUUCCAUGCUAGCUCUUUUUCUUAAGCACCUUGUUGCAGUUUGGUUGUUUAAAUCAAACAUUUUUGUCUUCUUUUAAGAUGUGUUUCCGAGCAUCUUAACAAUUUGGCGGAAAGUGCCUUUGUCUUGGAAGCACUUCAAUGUAUAUUGGCAAUAGAGUGCAUGGAUUUAAAGAAGGCAAGAUUUCAAACUCAGAGCUGAAGGCUGUGACAAUUCACUGAGGUCCAACACAAUGGAGAGACAUAGCUACUACAUUAGCUAUCAGUGUUCCACGCACUCCCCCUCUGAGUAUGUCAUUGAGAACAUUCCUGAGCCAAACAGAAGUGGGCCCAUAUUGGAGGUGCUAUCACAUGUACAGAGUUAUGUGAAGUGAAGGUGAGAAGCAGUAGAGUUGUCAAGCACUUGGGAUUGUCCUAGAGUUUCCUGAAAGAAAGAUGAAUUAAUCUUCCAAAUGGUGUGAGCAACUCCAGAUAAAAUUCAUAGGGGCAUGCAAAUUCUGUGUUCUUUCCUUUCAUCAUAAAAACAGAGAGAUAGGGAUUAAGGAACUUUUGGACAAGAUGGUUAAUAGUGAGAUGUCAUUUGAUCAGAUACCAAUGAGGAACGUUUCCAAUCAGGGUUGGCAACCUUAGAGAAGCAUUGGGCAAAUGGAAGAUUUGGAGAGAGGGAAAAUUAAGUUCUAGCCAAUAUUUGGAGGUUAAAUCCUCCUUGUCAUUCCACCUACCCCACCUCUCUCUGCUGGUUGCAUGCAUGUCUUUGUGAGUAUUGGUAAAUCUAGUGGAAGUUGGUCUAAAAAGAUACUAAUGUUGUUGGAAACCUGUUUGUAAUUUUGUCUGGGGGUGAGCUGAAUUUGACUCUACAGACCCUUCAGAUUUUCAUUUUAGGUUCUAUGUUGCUGAAGUUAUUGUGCAGUGUUACAGUUUUUUGGAUGAGCUGCAACAUAUUCAGAGUCUGGUGCUAAAUUUACAGGAGAACUUUCUUUUACAUAGACUAAUCUGACGUGAGCAAGAUUUUGAAAUAAGGAAAUGGUGGUUGCAUUGUUAGUUGGUUAUUUUUUCUUCAAGCCUCAAACACAGGCUGACUUCAAAUAUACCAUUGUGGCUGGAUGCAGGAUUGUGAUGUGAAGCACUCACAUCAUGAUUGUUAUCAGUUAUUUAUUCUCUCUUCCUUCAACUCCUGACUCUUUGCUGCCAUCAGGUUUUCCAUGAUGCUUUUCACAAGCAAACAUAUGAACUCAUAACACAAUGUAGACAGGACAUCAAAGGGAAUGAAUAAUGAUUAGCAAAAUACUUAACAUGGGUCUGGCUCAAAUUAGUCCACUCAGCACUGAUCUGGACAUCUAUACUCCUACAGUGAAUGCAUCGAUCCAUCAGAAGAGAUAUUUAAUAGAUGUUUCAACCUUGCUUGGUGCACUUCUUUGCCUUCUUUACUACAUAACUAUUCCAGCUAUGAAUUGGAAGGAAAAGUGAUGUUGGAAACUUGUACAAUUGCAAUUGAGCUGAUGUGGAAGAGGGUUAGGUGAGAUGAUUUUAAAAAAGCAGUGGGAAGGAGAAGAUAAUGAGACUACAGUAGGUUGAAGUUGCUAUGUCAAUGAAGUAGGAUAAUAGCAUUGUGCACAAUAUACAAGAAGGAAUAAUGAAAACUACAGUGGUUUAUGAUGUAGUUGGUAAUAAGUUACAGGUGCAUUUCGGGAUGAUUUUCAGAGAGAUAAAGUGUUUAAAAGUCCAUAAUUUAAUAUUUGGUUUAAUGGGAAAAUGUACUAAAGAAGGGUUUACUCCGUAACUGACUUGCUCUGCUGGCACUCCAUGUCCUGCCAUUGCAUUGCUUUUCCCACAGUGCCAUACUGACCAUCCCAAACGUUGAUGACCUGAGCACACUGUCCUACCCACACUUUGCCAAUCUGCCCUAUCCAUGUCAUCCUGCCCUGCCCUGCUUAUUCUGUGCUGUGUACCCAAAUCACACUACACUGCUGAUAUUACCCUUGCAACACUCCCUGGCCAUACCAUACUGCUACAUUUGUACUUACCCUUGCCUAUUCCACCCUACUGUGCUCACUGUUCUGCCUCAUUCAUAUUACUACAAUAGAGCUGACAGUUUGAUUGAGAAGUGAUGUCCCCCUUCAGGCUAGAAGAUACCAAAUACAGGCUGGAGUUGCCAACCCCCAGGCAAAGAUGGAUCGAAACAGGACAGGAUGCAAAUGGAAAAUAAGAAUUCUAAAGAAGUUACUCUUAUAUUGGUGAAAUCUUCUGCCCCAAAAUUCUUCAUUCAUUACCUUAGUUACCCUGAUAAAACCCAAUUCAUUCUUCCUAUUAAUACACUGUUGUUCUUCCUGGUAAGAUGUUAGUGGUGAUUAGUCAUUUUGAAUUUCCUAACCAACAGCUGCUUGGAAUUAAAAGUCUUUGAUUCUUGGCAUCUGGGAAGGUCCUCCUGUGGUGCAGUGGUAGUCUUCCUAACCCUGAACCAAGAGACACAGGUUCAGGCCCCACCUGCUCCAGAGGUGUGUAAUAACAUGUCUGAACAGAUUGAUUAGAAAAAUAGGUGUUGGCAUCUGGGAGGGGUGCUCAUGGUGUGGGGGUAAUGUCCUUACUUCUAAGCCAGGUAUGCAGGUCCAACUCCCAAAUGCUGCAGGGGUAUAUAAUAACAUCGCUGAGAAGAUUGACUAAAAAUUAUCUAUAAAGUUCUCAGCCUCCAUAUUGAGGGGCUCCUGCGUUGUAGUAAUAGUAUCCCUACCUAUGAAUUUGGAGGCCAGGGUUCACGUCCCACCUGCUCCAGAAGUGUAUUAUAACAUCUCUGAACAGGUCAAUUAGAAAAUAACUUGGCAAUCGAGAAGAAAGUCUGCCCCCUCAAUACUCAUUGAUGUAACCCUCCAGGAAUCACUUCAUGUUAAAUUGAGAGAGGGGAAUCUUAGUGGUCAAUAUGGGGUACAUUUAUUGCAUUACACAGAUGUGGACAGUACCCAUCUCUGCUACAAGUUUCACCUUCCCUCUCCAAGGUAUCUUUGGGGUUUUAAACUCAGAAUUCUGUCUCACCCUUGUUCAGUGUCAAGCCCUGGUAACCUGUAUUAAACUCUCUAUAGGUUUGUGUUUCAAUGUAUUAUUCUAUGUUAUUUUCUUUGUGGACUGUCUUUCUUGCUCUGUAAUUUGUUGUCUUUUUAAAGAUGGGGGCACAGUUUUGGUGCAGAGAGGAGUGAGAUGUUGUAGGAAUAUAUGUACAAUGUAGAAACUUAUAUCUUUGCCCCAUAUUCUAGGUAUGGUUACAAGAAUGUUUAUUUUGCUGAAUUGUAGAGUGUUUUUAAAAACAAAACAAAGUUCAGCCAGAAACUCAAGUCGUAGCUACUAAAUGCUUGUGUUUUUCUAAUGAUGUUGUGAGCUCACUCUUAAUUGUUUCAGUUGUAGGAGGAAUGAGUGGAAAUUUUAUGGUCUCAUCUUGAAACUAAUAUUAGAAGCAUUGUAAAUUAAAAGAAGAUUUUAAUGAAAAAAUAGAGUAUAUAGUUAUUUUAACUGUUACUAUUAACUGUAGGGAGAAAAGGGGGUCUAUUGUUGUGAACUGUUUAGCUUGUAGUUCACUGGUUGUUGAUCAUUUUUUCGGUCUCCAAGUGAAUCUGCUUAUCUCCUAAUCAGAAUAUAUGCACUCACAUAUGCAUAUUGUAUAUGUGUGGAAAUGUAAUCACAAACUGUCUUGGAUUUACAUUAAACUGUUUCAAAUCACUCCA